UUAAAGAGGACACCAAAAGAGACAAAGAAAAAGAGGAAUUUUUACGAGCGUUUGCGUGCAUUGGAUCCUUCACCCAAACAUCAACCAUAUACACCUUAAUGUGAGACGUAAUAAUUAGUUUCCUUCUUUAUUGUAAGUUUUCCCUCUUUCAUUUUCCUUUCCUCUUCAACUUGUGAAACUACACGCAAAAAUCACAAAUCUAAAUAUGCUUACAAUAAAAAAAUCUUAGCUUAGAAACAACCUCUAUAUUUCACCUUUGAGGUAGUGAUACCAAACUACAAUGCAUAUUGUUGUAAAAAGACUAGCUAGCUCCAAAAAAUUUGGUGACUUUUAUUAGAUCAAAGACUCUGCUUCUUCCUCUCCUAAUUCUAAUGUAACUACUAUACCUACUUUUAUUAGAUCAAAGACUCUUCUUCUUCCUCUCCUAAUUCUAAUGUAACUACUAUACCUAUUCCUAUUCUCCUUAUUAUAUAUUAACAAAAACCCCUAUUUUAUUCUCUCACUUCUUUUCUCCCCCCUCAAUUUAACCCCGCGACUUUUUCUUGUACAACAUUUCAUCUUUGAGUACAUGGAUAUGUCAAAUUCUGAUGAGAUCAAUUCUAGUGAAAACCAACAACAACCCACUUUACAAGAUCCAAAGGAGUAUCUAGAUAUGACAUCAAAUAAUCAAAAAGAUGAUGAUGAGCAGAAAAUUGCAAUAUUGAACCAAGAUCCAAAAGGGUGUCAAGAUCCAAUGCAUCAUGAUCAAAAAAAUGAUGAUGACAAGAAAAUUGUAAUAUUGAACCAAGAUCCUAAAGGGUGUCAUAUUACAAUGGGCCAUCAAGAAGAAGAUGACAUGACCAAGAAAACAAUGUUUAUGCACCAAAAUCCUAAAGGGUGCCAAAAUAAUACAAUGGCUGAACGAAAAGAUGAGGGUGCCAAGAAAACAAUAUUCUUGCGCCAAAAUCGAAACAGUUUUCAAGAUAUUACAAUGGAUGAUGACGAAGAUGAUGAUACCAACAAAAGACAAAUAUUGCAUCAAGAUCCAAAAGAGUAUCAAGAUACUACAAUGGAUGAACAAAAAGGUGAUGGUACCAACAAAAUACAAAUAUUGCAUCAAGAUCCAAAAGGGUGUCAAGAUACUACAAUAUUAAUGGAUGAUCAAAAAGAUGAUGACACCAACAAAAUAGUAACAUUGCAUCAAGUUCCCAGAGGGCGUCAAGGUGAUACUGCACAAGAUCAUCGUACAGAAGGUGGUGUUUUCAAUGAGACAGUAGUACCACAAUGUGUUGAUGAUGUUGUGGUACCACAAGAUAACGUUAUCAACGAGGUAGUAGUAGUACAACCUGUUGACAAAGAAGUGGUGCCACAAGAUAACGUUGUCAACGAAGUAGUGGCACAACAACCUGUUGACAACAAAGUGGUGCCACAAGAUAAUGUUGUCAACGAGGGACUAGUACUACAAUCUGACAACAAAGUGGCGCUACAAGAUAACGAGGUAGUAGUACUACAACCUGUUGACAACAAAGUGGUGCCCCAAGAUAAUGUUGUCAACGAGGUUGUAGUAGUACAACCUGAUGACAACGAAGUGGUACCAGAAGAUGAUGAUGGAUUUAGGACUCCAACUUCACUGGAGUCCAAAAUCCCAAUUUUGGCAACAUGUCCACCAGCACCAAAACCCAAUCGUGGCAUUAAACGAAAAGCUACACCAAUUAGAAGAGGGCAAAGAACCAUACACGUAUCGUUCAAUUAUCCACCGCGAUUCCAGUAGAUUUUGGUCCGGUGAAUCAAGAAACCAACAAUACUACAACAGCUAGAAGUACUCGCUUCACUGAAUUAUUGUUCACGAAUGAGUUCUUACUUCGUAGGGAAGAUUCAAUAGUAACAUUCUUUUUAACUAGUAGAGAUUAGUUGAGGAAGCUUCUGAAGAAGCUGACAAGCCUACAAUCCAAACAAAAGGACAAUAAUGUUGAUAUGAAAUUAGAGAAGAUGAAAGAAGAGAUUAAGAAGAUUAAAGAAAGAGAGAAGAGGUGAAAGAAAAUAAAUCAAGGAAGGACUAAAGAGAAUAUACUCUUCUUUAUAAACUUUCUUGUGUUUAAACUAAUAUAUAUGCUUUUCGAUUGACUAAUUUCUACUUUGGAUAAUAAUUAAAAAUUGUCCUAAUGUCAAGACGCUAACAAACAAAAAAUGUAAUAAAUAUUUUGAAACACCGUCGUGCUUUUUAUAUUUUGACUAAUUUUGUAAAAUUAAACUCACUAAAUUGAGAUACACGCGCGAGGCGCGUAUAUCUAAACUAGUAUCUCAAAAAUCUGAAGAUUAUAUAUCUAAAUCAACAUAAAAAUAGACAGAUAAUUUUACCCUUUUACGUCGGACAGAGGGGAGUAUAUUUGUACAGAGUUUAAUCCCAUUUUUUUUUCUUCUUUCUUUUUUAAUUUUAUUUUGUUUUAUAUUUUUGCUAUUUUCAUGAAUUUUGCUUGUGAUUUUUAACUUUUUGAGGUUAAAGUUAGGAAAAGAGAUGUAUGAAGGGGGUGAAGUACAGAUCAAGAAACUAUAAAGAGGUAGACAUAGACAUACAACUUUAUUGCAUUGUCACUCAUCUUCUUUUGUAAUCAAGGUGUUAUCUUGUUUAAAAGAAAAGAAAAGAUUCCCAAAAUAUAACGACUCUUUGUCAUUUUCACUUUACAAUUUUUUCUCAAAAAGGUUUUCCAAUUGAGGUAAAGUCUAAAUAACGUAAUUCAAAAGAUCUUCAUUGAUAUAA